AUGUACCUGAGUCGUGCAUUCGUCCCCUUAGCUGAGUCGCGGAAAAAUGCAUUUGCGCGGGUCGUCGUCGAUGUUCGCAAAGCACUAUUUGUGACAUCGUCAUUCAACUCCGAUUGCGAUGCGAUGCCCGUGGAGGCCUUGCGACGGCCACCAGCCGCGUCGGUGGACGUGACGCGACGCGUCGGGCACCCGUCGGUCGUGUCGCGCGCGUGUCGCGUCCGAGUAAACGCGUCAACCGCGACCGUGCGCGUGUCACGAUGCACGGUAACCGUACUCACCACGGGGCUGUCGUCGCCGAGGUCCGAGUCGCGGUCGGCGUCCGCCAUGGCGUACGCCGGCACCGGCUCGCGGUUCUUCACCCGAAUCUUGGCGGCUUUCGGCGGCGCGGGCAGUGAGGAGUCGCCGCGCGGCACGUGUUCGCACGGCACACACACGCACGGACAUGCACGGGACGGCGCGAGUGGUUGGCACGAGUGGCACCGCGGCGCGCACGGAGUGGUAUGCCGGGCCUGCGGGCCUGCGCCCCCUCCUGCCGAGGCCCCGCCC